UUGUGUGUGUGUGGGUGUGUGUUUGUGUUUCCCCUGUGAGAAGUAAGCGAGAAGCAAGCGAGAAGCAGAUCGGAUAUCUCUUCGGAGGAGGAGGAAGACGAUUAGGGCAAGAUGCAGUACAAGAACUUGGGGCGAUCGGGUCUCAAGGUGAGCCAGCUCUCGUAUGGAGCGUGGGUCACCUUCGGCAACCAGCUCGACGUAAAGGAGGCCAAGGCCCUGCUCCAGUGCUGCCGCGACCACGGCGUCAACUUCUUCGACAACGCCGAGGUGUACGCCAACGGCCGCGCCGAGGAGAUCAUGGGCCAGGCCAUCCGCGAGCUCGGCUGGCGCCGCUCCGAUCUCGUCAUCUCCACCAAGCUCUUCUGGGGCGGUCCCGGCCCCAAUGACAAGGGCCUCUCCCGCAAACACCUCGUGGAGGGGACACGCGCCUCGCUGCGCCGCCUCGACAUGGAGUACGUCGACGUCCUCUUGUGCCACCGCCCCGACGCCGCCACACCUAUCGAGGAGACCGUCCGCGCCAUGAACCACAUCAUCGACAAGGGGUGGGCAUUCUACUGGGGCACCUCCGAGUGGACCUCUCAGCAAAUCACCGAAGCCUGGGCCGUCGCUCAACGACUCGACCUCGUCGGCCCCAUCGUCGAGCAGCCGGAAUACAACCUUCUUUCCCGCCACAAGGUUGAAUCAGAAUACCUCCCUCUGUACGACACAUAUGGCCUGGGUCUCACCACAUGGAGUCCAUUAGCAUCAGGAGUGCUGACUGGAAAAUAUAGUAAAGGAAACAUACCUUCUGAUAGCCGGUUUGCUCUUGACAAUUAUAAGAAUCUUGCUAGCAGAUCACUGAUUGAUGACGUGCUAGCAAAGGUUAAAGGGUUGAAACUAAUUGCUGAUGAACUGGAGGUUCCUUUAUCUCAACUUGCAAUUGCUUGGUGUGCAUCAAAUCCAAAUGUUUCCACAGUAAUCACAGGGGCCACCAAAGAGAGUCAGAUAUUAGAGAACUUAAAGGCUCUUGAGGUUCUUCCGCUGCUGACACCUGACGUCCUCGAGAAAAUAGAAGCAGUUGUUCAAAGCAAACCCAAGCGUCAAGAAUCAUAUCGUUGAUUUCUUCUCCCACUUCUAGUUUGUACACUGGACUGGGAAUACACUCAUGAUUUCUGGACUCGUGUUUUUCAUCAUAAUUCCUGGUGGUGGUGCGCUUUAAACGCUUAUUGGUUUGUGUCCGGUUCAUUGGGCAUUUUUCGAUUGAUUGAAGUUGGUUACAGAUAUGAGUUUAAUAUAAAAUCUUUCAAGAUCUUGUACUUUUGAUACAGAUGAUAAUUAUGGUAUGCUGUUAUAGAAGAUAUAAUUGUUUGAUAAA